AUGGCACACAUUGCAUCAGACCCAGCUCUAGACAUUGAGCCUGACUUCGCAUCUUUAACCUUCGAAGGAAUCAGGAAUCGUAUCAUCGGGAAUACCCAGAUGACACACGAUGAAGCUGCGAAUGAACUGAUUACAGGUUGGUGGCAAGACAGAGACAUUCGUCUCGCAGCUUGGACCAUCCAGGAAAAUGAAGCAACCUGGCUAGCAGCAGAGGCUGCCCACACCAAGCAAGAGUGCAUCGACCAAGAAUGCCAGCUUGCAGAGCAGGAAGCUGAGACUGAGCAUAAAGAGGUGGAGAAAAAGAAGCCGAAAAUUAACGACUUCAAGGUAGGGACAUCUGUCAGUGAUAAUCUCACUCACUGCCCAUCCCAAUACGCCAUUCACAAGCUAAAAUCUUUCGAAUACGUCGAGCUUUGGUAUUUCAGCCCAGACAGCUGCAAAGACACAGCCGAUGAGGCCAAGUCAUCAGCAGACGGCACUUUCGGAUUCACCAAAGUAGACGAUUUUGUAGCCCUGAAGGCAGUUGCAGCUUUCAAACUUUCUCGCAAAGCAAUCCAAGACUAUGGUCUUGAAUGGAGGCAGUUUGACAUGGUGAAGAACAGUUUCCUGCUAUACAUCAACAAGUUGAAGUGGCUGGAAAAACACCAAUGCGCCCUCACUAUGUUUUUCAUGAAUGUUGUGUCCCAUCCACAACGCUCUGAGUCAGUUCGGCGAACAAGCCUUACUCCUUUACACCGCCCACGUCCACAGAGACUGGCAUGA